AUGAGCUACUGAAGUUGCAGCUCUUCCUUUUAUCUUCUAGAAGAGAAGUUUUGGAUAAAGAGCUGUGCAUUGACAUAUCAAAGCUUUUAUGGGAUUUUGACUGUAUUGGAGUGUAUUGGAGAAAGCUGGAGUCUUUAUUUGUAUCAUUUCAUGCACUUUCUGCAGGCUUUAAAAAGUUUUUUUGCAUAUUUUCAGAAAAAUUAUUCUUUUUAUGGCAGGACGGGAAGGGCUAUCUAUUAUUAUCAUAAAAUAAUAUAUCUUGGCGCAUAA